CUGCCGUACCGUAGAAAUUCGCGGGGACGCGCUCGCGCGGCGAGGCAGGUGAAACGCAGCAACGAGCCAACGGAUCAGAGUGCACACGGUGCAAUUGCAUUCCUAAGGUGACGAGUACACAUACGCUGCUUUUGGAUGAACAACCAGAGCACGCCGAGUUUAAGUCGUCGCUUCAUUUUACCGGUUGGUGCUGUUUUAUGUUAAACGUUCGCCAUUAGUGAAUAGAAUUGGUUGUUGGUUGUUAAAAUUAUUUUAAGUUUUAUAAAUUGCGAACCAUACUACGUUUGCACAUUGACGACGUGCUAUGGCCGAGGGAAAUGGGGAACUCAAAAUGGAAGAAAAGCAGUCUAAGGAGGAAAUGGAGUACGUCGAAAGAACGGAGGAUUUCGCGAAACUCAUACAGUAUGGACUCGAUGAAAAAGUGGCUGCUAAACUAGAUGAAAUUUACAAAACUGGGAAACUCGCCCAUGUUGAUCUCGAUGAAAGAGCCCUGGAUGCCCUAAGGGAAUUUCCUGUUGACGGAGCGUUAAAUGUUCUCACGCAAUUUUUGGAAUCUAAUUUGGAACAUGUGUCCAACAAAUCGGCGUAUCUUUGCGGAGUUAUGAAGACCUACAGACAAAAAAGCAGGGCAGGCCAGGGAACGGGCACUAGUACAACGCCUAAAGCUCCGGAUGAAGACAAAAUUAAAAUGAUACUCGAGAGAACCGGAUAUCCACUCGAUGUGACCACUGGACAACGAAAAUACGGCGGCCCGCCUCCAAAUUGGGAGGGCCCAACUCCAGGAAAUGGUUGUGAGGUAUUUUGUGGGAAGAUACCUAAAGACAUGUAUGAAGACGAAUUGAUUCCGCUUUUUGAAAAAUGCGGUAAAAUAUGGGAUUUGAGGCUUAUGAUGGAUCCCAUGUCCGGUACCAACAGAGGAUAUGCCUUCAUUACAUUUACUAAUCGAGAUGCCGCACAACAAGCUGUCAGAGAGCUCGAUAAUUACGAAAUAAAACCCGGCAAGAGUCUGAAAGUAAACAUUAGCGUUCCUAAUCUACGACUUUUCGUCGGGAACAUACCAAAGUCAAAAGGCAAAGAGGAGAUCUUGGACGAAUUUGGUAAUUUAACAGCUGGCUUGACCGAGGUGAUUAUCUACAGCUCGCCAGAUGACAAAAAGAAGAAUAGGGGAUUCUGUUUUUUGGAAUAUGAAUCCCAUAAAUCAGCUUCUCUGGCGAAAAGAAGACUCAGCACAGGUCGCAUCAAGGUCUGGGGCUGUGAUAUUAUAGUUGACUGGGCUGAUCCUCAAGAGGAACCUGAUGAACAAACUAUGGCUAAAGUAAGAGUGCUGUAUGUAAGGAACCUAACGCAAGAUUGUUCUGAAGAAAAACUGAAAGAAUGUUUCGAAGAAUUCGGUAAAAUCGACAGGGUGAAGAAAAUCAAGGACUACGCAUUUGUACAUUUCGAAGACAGAGAUCAUGCAGUCAAGGCAAUGCGAGAACUUAACGGUAAGGAAAUAGGCGGUUCUCACAUAGAAGUUGCAUUGGCGAAACCACCAUUUGAUAAAAAGAAAAAAGAAGAUAUGUUACGAGCUCGGGAAAGAAGAAUGAUGCAAAUGUUACAAGGCCGUGGAGGAGGCUCACCAUCGCAUCCUAGUAUGAUAAGCGGACCCAUGCCAGUACGAGGAUCCGGACAAAGUGGCGGUCCUCGAGGCACUUCGGGCAGUAUGAGACCACCUAUGGGUCGCGGUGACUACACUCUCAAGGAAAUAGAUUAUGAUUACGACUAUUACGGUUAUGGGGAUUAUCGAGGUGGCUACAGUGAUCCAUAUUACGAUGACUAUUAUCGAUACGAAGAUUACUAUUUCGAUUAUGCGCCGCCUCCGCCGCCUGCCAGAGGGAGGGGCAGGCAGCCUCAACCGGCUGGUCGUGGCCGUGGACAGGUGGCCCGUGGCCGAGUAGUCGGUGGCCCCCAAGCCCGUGGCCAAGUCAGGGGGGGACGCAACCCCGCAACAUCAGGGGCCCGUGGGGCCCAGCGGCCAGCCGUUCGUGGGGGGGUCCGCGCCAAGGGAAGUUUACCAGGUGAGGAUGCAGGUAAACGAAAGUUUGACGGGGGUCACCAGAACCAGGGGGAAUCUAAACGUCGCUUCCAGAGCAGCUGGGGAAACCAGCCCCUCGCCCAACAACCACUGGGCAAUACGUACGGAUUGGCGAGUGUAAACGGUGGCGGUGGUGGUGGUGGUGGUGGUGGCAGUGGUGGUAGUGGUGGCGUUGGUUUUACUGAUAGAUCAGGGGCAACAGGCGCCGCGACUGGUGACGAUCAUGAAUGGUAUCAAGAUUCAUACAAUUCGUGGAGCUAACUUUCGCCGGUUAUUUUUCACAAUGUGAACUAUUCACGCAAUCGAAUUGAAAUAUACUGAUUUAUAUUAAAUAAUGAUAAUAAUAAUAACUAAAAAAUUAAAUAUAUAUAUCUAUAUAUAAAUAUACAUAUAUAUUUUAAUCUAAAAAGUAAUUUCACGGACAAAAAAAAAUUAUGACGGACUUUUUUGCGCCAACAGGCGUUUAAAAUAGACCUCAAUGACCACGUGCAAAAAUUCAUAAGGCAAAACAAAUAAAAUAUUGUUAAAAUAAUAGCAUUACAAAAGUAAAACAAAGAGAUACAAAGUUUAACUUAAUAAUUAUGAUGAUAAUAAUGAUAUUUAGAGAAAUAAUAAAUAAAAAAUAUGAUAUUGAUGGACGUAACAACACGCUCUGUUAUAAGCAACUUAAGAAUAUUUGUAAUAAAAAUUAAUAUCUGAAGCUCAAUCGCGAGCUUUCCUCUCGCUCGUCGUCAGGGCUGCGAGAUUUUUGAAGGAGAGAGAGAAUGAAAAGAAUGAUCUGUUGUUAGUGGGCGAGAGAGGAAGAUUUUAAUUUAAAAUUAAUUUAAAAAUUUUUUUUAUUUUAAAAUUAAGCGACUAAAGUAUAACAUCAAUCCGUCAAAAUACUGCUUCUUAUCUCGCAAUUAUAUUUGUAAUUGUAAAUGUAACUUUUUUGAUUCUCAUACGUCGUCAAGCGAAUAUGUUUAAUGAAAAAAUAUUAAGAAAAAAAAAACAAAAAAAUUAUAAAAUUGUAAUAUUAGAUUAUAAAAAAUUGUAAAUGCGCGCGAGGUCGUAUUUAAUAGCAAAAAAAAAAAAUAUAAAAUUAACUAAACAAAAUUUAAAUGAAAAAAACAAAUAGUUGAUACGUUGAAAAGUAAAACACGUCAUUAUUAUAAAUAUUUAUGCCACACACUCCUCACAUACCACCGUCGUCCGCCGCGCGCAAAAUUGUUGUGAUUUUUACUGUACAGUGAUGUGCCACUGGGACUUUAUUAUUACAUCGGAGUGACCACCCAUCCACCCCGUACUAUUAUUAUUAUAUUGAUAAUAUUUAAUUGUAAUAUCUUAAUUGUAAGGUAACCACUACUGCAUUGUCACAUUGUUUACUGCCAAGCGAGAGAGUGAUUUUAGGAUGUUUAAGAGCGCGCAAAUAUGCUUAAAGUUUAUAAAAAAAAAUUAUUAUAGUUAAAAAAAAAAUUGAUAAUUCGGAAAAAAUUCUUUUUUGUAAGAAAAAAAAGUGAUAUAAAAGCGAUGUUGAUAAUUUUUGGCUUGUGAUGGUUCGUAUUUAAGUUAGAAGCGGUUAAUAAAAAAAAAAAAAAAAAAAUGCGUGAUAGCCUGUGGUUGUUGCAGCAAAAUGUCUUUCGAGUAAAAAAAAAAUAAUAACGUUUUGUUUGUUUGUUUGUUUUUUAUUGGAAUAUAAAGAGAAAAGACUACUCACUGCAAGGAUAGGGGCGGGUUUUUAAAAUUGAUAAAAGCGAUAGGAAUGAGUAUAGAAAAAAUAGCGUGAAAGAGAGUACGUUGAAAUUUAUAAGAAUGUAUGUAUGUGAAUGAGCUGACGUUAUAAUGACCACGAAAAAAAAAAUUGUUAAAAAUGUAUGUGGUUAGUCAAAAGCGCGUCUAGAAAUAAGAUAUAAAAAAAUCUAAAGUGCAUCCCCCUGUGUGCAUGUAUGCGUUAUUGUAAAAGAUUGAGAGAUAAAGCACCUUCAGGUGCCAUUAGACCUUCUAUUGUUGGUCUAUAAUGUGUACAGUCAGUGAAACUAUUAUUAUUAUAUUAAGGUUCAGGAAAGUUUUCCGCGGUAAAAAAACAAUGAUUAACUUGUGAUGUAUACAACGGGGUAAUCAUUGUUUUUUUGAGCUAUGAAAUGUCCUUUUACGUUUUGUUUAAUUUUUUCUUCUAUUUUUUUUAAUUUUUUUAAUUAUUUUAUUAAAUAAUAAUAAUGUAUCGCGAUUGACGCAAGUUCAUAUGCGAUUAUGUGAUCAAUUCGAGUUUGAGAAAGAGAGAAAAUAUUGCUCACGUGUUGAGACUAAAGUAAAAGAAAUGUCUUAUGACAAAUUUAUAUAGAAAAAAUGCAAAUUGUACAUUUUUUAAAAAUCAAUUUCAAUGAUAUAAGUACUGCCACUCAAAGAGUGAGUACUGUAAAAAAAUUUUUUAGAUCAUUUCGCUAUAAAUUUAUAAUAAUUACUAUAAUUAAAAUAAUUAUUUAACGCAUCUUUCUACGAGAUGCGAUUUAAAGUUAAAAAAAAAAAUUAAGUCAAAUACCUCCCUCAUGCGUAUUGGAUCAAAUCCGAGGUUGAGGUGUUUUUAAAAGCAAAAAAAAAAUUAUAAAUUAUAAAAAAAAAUCUAAUAAUAAUAAUAUUAUGACGUGACUAUUGCGUCUCGAAUUUGUUAAUUCGAAAUCGACUGGAAACCGAAUUGAUAAUGAUAGUUACAGAUUGAUUUAAAAAAUAAUUAGGUAUUGCUUAAAGCAUAUACGGGAUUAUGCAUGAGAGUAAAGAUUCAUAUAAAAAAAAAAAAAAAAGAAAAAAAAAUAUAAAAAAAAAUACAUACAAGCGCACGACUUUUUUGAGUGUUGAGACUCGUUGUUAUUGUUAGCCUGUUAGUUAAUUAGUAAGAGUUGUAAGUGCGGGUUGUAAGUUGGUCCCUGUCCCUGGAGCCUAAAACAUCCCCCCUGUUCUGGAGAUUAAAAAAAAAAAUAACAAUUACAAACGAAAUGAUUAAAUAAUGAAAAAAAAUGUUAAAAUGUAUACAAAUGCUAAUGAAAAAAAAAAAAAAAAAAAAAAAAACUGAUGAUAACAACAAUUAUUCACUAACAAUAAUCUGAAUAAAUUGGACUUGAAAAAGACAGCAGAUUAUAAAAAAACAAAUUUGACAAAGCUUAACAUACAGUAAAAAUUAAUGGAUUAAUAACGCAGACACACGCACCCGCUGAGAAGUUUAUUUCCGAGUGUUUAAAAUACAAUAAUUAAACUUAUACAAUAACGAAAAAACAUAACAAAUAAUGCAAACGGAGUUGACAUAACAGACAAUCGAAUAGUUUUUCAUUUUUACUUUACGUAAAUUUUUUAAUAUUAUCAGAACAACAAUAAUAAUAAUAAUAAUAUUAACUUACUAUCAAUUGAAAUAUACAAUUUAAAAUCUUAGUAGUGAACCGAAGAUCCCCCCCCCCUCUUUUCACUGGUCUUGUGUCCCCAAAAUAACAUCAGAAUAGUAACAAUCAGAUAAUGGAUUUGUAUAUCCAGCACAAAUAUGAAAGUAUAACUGAUUAACCCGAGUAAAGAUUUUAAAAUGAAAAUGAAAAAAAAAAAAAGUAAUAAUCAAAUAAUCAUUAAAAAAUAUUGGCUAUUGAACUAACUUUGAUUACAUAUAAUAUUAAUGGAUAAUCUAACAAAGACGUAAAUGUAAAUGGGAUUUGCAUCGUAAGUUUAAAUAGAAAUUGAUGCAUUUGAAUAUAAUCUGAGCAUACUGAAUACGGCGAUAAAUGUCUGAAUGAAAAAGAUUUGAAAUAAUAAUCAAUCGCUCGCAAACCCUCUUAUUUAUGAGCAUGUUUUGUUACUUUUUAUUCAUGUUUUACUUAAUUAUAAUCUUGUUUACCCCUGACCGCGAUUACCGUUUUUCUUUUUUAUUAUUAUUAUUUUUAUUAUUAUUAUAUUAUUAUUAUUAUUAUUAUUAUUAUAAUUAUAUAUUAGAAGUUAAUAAUCAUCUGAAUUAACGGAAGGGGGUUAGAUCGCAAUUAGUUUUAUAAUAUUAAUGAUUGAUUGAAUUAAUAAUCCCCCGCAAAGAUAAAAAAAAGUAAUAAGUAAAAUUCCUUAUGUAUCCCUGCCUUAUUAAUUAUUAUUUGCCUUCGUAUUAUACAAUAAUCAUUGUACAAGAUCUGUAUUGUCGUGAAAAAAAAAUUUUUUUUCUUUAAUUUCAAUUACUUAAUUAAUUAUAUAUUAUCAAUCCAUAUAUUUUACCUCACCUUUUAAAAAUUAAUCAUUAUUAUAUAGCCUACUCAUUUAUUCAAAAGGACCGUGAAAGGAAAAAAAAAUAAUAGCUAAAAAAGUUAUUACAUAUUCUAAAACAUAAACUAAAAAGAAACUAUAUGAUAAUAAUGAAUUUUUUUUCCUAUUUUUACCUUCCUACCUAUUUAUAAAGAGCAUAAUAUUGAGGAUAUAAUAAUAUUAAUAUUAACAAUAAUAAAUAAGGAUGCUAUUGCUAAUCAUACUGAGUGGGUUUUUGUGACAUGAUAAAUAUUUCCGUAUGAACACUAUUAAAAAAAAAAAAAAAAAAAAAAAAAAACGUUUAAUAAAAAUAAGCGAUGAAAAAUUAGAAAAAUAAUCUAAAAAAAAAAAAAAACAUAAAAUAACAUACCUAAUGCAGUAAAUUAAGGAAAAAAACCAAAACAUAUAAGGGAUAAAUAAAUUCAAAGUAAAAAAAAUUCAUUUCUCAUUCUUCUUUAAGGCAAUUCAAAUUGUAAUUGAUCAGAAUUGUAUUUAAAAUAAAAAGGAAAAAAUUGAUUAAAAAAAAAAAAAAAAAAAGCAUAAAUAACUACAUAGUUGGAUUUGUCAUAAAUUUGUUAAAAAAAUUGUGAAGAAACAAAAUUAUAAUUGAUAUAUUUGUAUAAAUAUAUAACAUGUAGAUUGUUAUACUUGCGGGGGCAAGGAAACCACAUAUAACACACACACACACGAGUGGCAAGAGGCUGAGGCAGUUCACGGUGACGAGACUUUAGACUGAUCUAGGUAUAUAUUGACCCUAGCCCGUUGAACACGGUCGUUCUGACACUCGCAUACUCCUCGAUCCUCAUCCUCUCACUCUACUUCCCAACCCGUUAUCACAUAUCCACCCUUUUUGCAUGAACUUUUUAUCCCCGAUGACCUACACUGUGACCCCAUUCCUAUUUGUACUCUCAAUUUUUAAUCUGAUCCCUACAGCCCUGAACAUCACCUACAUUACCUAUUACCCAUUACCUGUAUCUCUUCCCAUCCUCGUAUACCUGUUAUUAAAUAUUGUAUUUUCUUAUAUACUAUAUACUAUAAUAUACCACAAACCCGCGAAUGUCAGAGCGACUGAAUAAAAUAAAAAAGGGAUUGAAGGUCGCAUUUAGGAUAAUGCACCACUGUGAGACUGAUGACGCCACGAACCGCGCGCCCUUUUAUAUACCUUUAAUAUAUUUUUUCUACUUUUAUUAUUUUUCUCUAUUUUUUUGGCCAAUGUCCUAUAAUUUACUCGCGAUUUAAAACCGCAUCUGCUGGGAUACUAUUAUAAUAAAUAAAUAAAUAAAAUAAUUAUUAGUAGAAAAUAAUAUUGUAAUAAUAAAAAUAAGAAACGAUGGAAUUUUUUUUUCCUAUCUUUCUUUCUCUUUCAAGUCGCGCGGGCUUUUUUUUUAAAAAGUGAUAGAAAACAAAAAUAUUAAAAAUAAAAAAAAAAUAAAAUAAAAGUUGAGUAAAGUAUAAAGUAAAAUAAUGAAUAAACAAUUUUUACACGAUAGUUAAAUCUGUCAUUUCAAUAGAAAUGACAGAAUCGUUAAAUGGAACGAUUGUGACAUGUUUUUAAAUA